AUGAAGAUUUGUUUGAUUAAUUCGUCAUACGAAGGAGUUGACUCCCCCUUUGAGAAGUAUGAUGACUUUCCCGACCCUAAUCGGUAUAUUCCAAAAGACCGCCAUGAGUUUUUCACUCGUUACGUCACCAAGAGCAAUGCUGAGGCAGAGAUUGACGAGAUUUGUAAAGAACAUUUUGAUAUGUUCAUGAAUUACAUGUGGGGCAUCGAAACCGACGAUGUGGCAGGAGUUGAAGCCACUAGAUACCUCGAAACCAAAGGUGUUCCCAUCCUCACCAACCCAUCGACAUUUCUAGCAAAGAAUAAAGUCGAUCUCCAGAGGGCCGCCGAGAAAACAGGUCUCCGUGUCCCCGAAAACACCCCUGGGAAAUACCCCAAAAUUGUCAAGUACUCUGACGGAUAUGGUUCGUUGAGCCUGGAUGCGGAAUCAAUCUGCUGCACGGAGAAAGAAGUAAUAAAUCGCGUGGCCCUUUUGCAGGAGAAAGAAACACCCUUUGGUAUCAUCGUCCAGGAUUAUAUCAUCGGCCGGGAAUGUUCUGCCAUAGUUGUGGAAAUGGGAAAGGAGGUGGUGGCAUUGACACCGCUGCAAUAUGUCUUUCCGAAAGACACUCCCGACAACGAAGCCUUCUUGACGUGGCAUAACAAAUUCGAAGCUGUUGAUAAAGGCACCAUAAAAUAUGCAUUUGUGGAAGAGCAGCCUCGCAUCAAGAACCUCCAGAAUGCGGCUGCGGACGCGUUCAAAGCAAUCGGUGUCAGCGGUGGUGGUGGAUGGGCCCGUGUUGAUAUGCGCCUGGAGGAAAGAACCGGGCUUGUCUACGUUAUUGAAGUUAAUUGUAUCCCCGUGGUCUUUUACCCAAAGGGAAACACACUUGAUGAUGACCUUGUUAUGCAGCUUGGGUGGCACCGUGUUCAAAAUGCUCAUGUCGCCGAGGUUUACAACAAAUUUGCCCCCUCGUACCAUUCCGUGUGGAGCAAUUCGGAGCUCUCUGAGAUGCAAAAGUACCUUACUACCAAUUGGGACUAUUCGGGUACAGUUCUUGAUGUUGCGUGUGGGACUGGUGGAUUUGGGCAGUUUCUCCAUGCUCGAGGGAUCCAAGCCGAGGUGACCGGCAUUGACCUAUCACCCGGCAUGUUGGAAAACGUGGAACAUUACAAGGAACUUCGAGUUGGGCCAAUGGAGGAGCAGAUCAUGGGUGCUGGUGAAUAUGACCAUAUUGUAUGCUUUGGUGCGCUUCAUUUCCUUGGUCCUGUCUACCUCAAUGCUGUGCUCGCACGGAUGUUUAUGCUUGCACGCAAAUCGGUUUCGAUCUCGGUAGACGACGUCAGCGACGAAUAUAUCCAGGCAAUCAAAGAGAAGCAUGGUGAAUUGACGUUUAAUGCCAAUCAUGUCAAGGCCAUUGAAGAGUUCGGAAUCCCAAAAGGAUGGAAACGAGUCUAUCACGAGAGGAGGCUUAUGUAUUCUUCUCCAACCAAUGGAGAGAAGGUUUAUGGAUAUGUGAUGCGCUUUGAGAGAGCGGAUGCCUAG